GCCUGUGGACUUGAGCAUCCACGAACAGCACCGUAUUGUAAACUUCCUGGUGCAACUUGCCAGCGCGGAGACCGGGAGCCGUGUCCUGUGCUGGCUGGACGGGCUGCAGGUGGCGGUACCUGCAUCCUGGGCGGACAAAGGUGUUCCGCGAGCCCAUGCUACAAUCACUGUGUCGUACGAGGGGCACAACAGUUCAUUCGCAGCGCGGCAGGCUUUGGCUGAGCAAUACUGCACCGGUUUCUGGCAACCGGGUUUCGCAAAAUAG